UUCAGAAGCUUUUUACUCUUCCAUUAAUGAUUUAGCAUUUUCGUUUGAUGUCAUAUGCGUAGAGGAAAGUGCAAAAUGAAAGGAAAGAAAUGAGGCAAUACCUCUGGACAAGAACUCAGGGAGUCCGUCGGCUGUCUGAUAACUGCAUUUAUUUUUUAUUUGACGACCAUAUAUAUUAUUUGGGUUAAGCUCAUUGUGUUAGUGUUGGUCUCUGUCAUGAUUGCAGGUUGGUAAACAGGUUUACCAAUUUUCUUUUGUUCCGUUAUUUCCGUGGAUUUUAAUAGGGUCAAAAGACCACCUGCUGUUAGAACAAUGAUAAAGAAACGAGACUGUUCACCCUUCGCUGAGCGCCUUCAUGACAGGCUGUAGAAGAAAACGAGCGUUAAUUAAAUAAAAACAAGUCGUAGUCGGUAUUUCUCUCAUUCAUCAUGAUAGAUCUAAAAAGAAACUUCGACAUUUAUAAGCACUAUAGAAUACUUUGACCCACGUACCAGAAAAGGGUGAUUACGAGAAAGUGUAGUCUUAAUAUUUUCCAUACAUAUCCCCUAGGCCUGUUGUCAAGCUGUGAAUUCUCUUUAGUAGAACCCAUGUAUACAUAUGAUAGAGUGGCUUUCAGAACUGUAUGGGUUUCUAUAGAUAUGGUCACGAUUAACCUUACAACAUUUUUUCAUGAGAUUCUACUCACCCAGAUGACUACAAGUUCACUUUACAAAACUAAUGGGCAGAUUAUUCCACAUUUGAGGAAUAAUCUCCCUUUUAAUGCUGAUCUGAAGUUACAAUCGGACAUUAUCCGCUCGGGCAGACUCAGUAGUUGUAGAAUUGCAACCUCGUUUCCAGGCGCUAGAACUCUCUUUGGAGGAAGACCUGGCCUGGGAACAAGAUUGCUGAGGUCAAGAAAUAUAUAAUCAUCGAUAACUAAUACGUCUGAAUUUGACGCUAAUAAAAAUUCCGGGCAGGCCAAGGUUUAGUCCCGCUAAAACGAGCGAGGCCUUUUCUUGGCUGUCAUUUAGCCUGCGAACAGGCUCACCUUUGAGUCACACGCGCGAGCGGAGAAUAUCGAAGCGAUCCGGCGGGGUGGAGACUGGUGAGGAGGCCCAUCAAGAAAGUGACUUUCCCUUCUCGUGCCUUCGCCGCUCAAUUCCGUGCUCUACGCCACUUGCGCUUGUGCUCCAACGUGAGCCUGCUCGCAGGCUAGCUCUCAUUCAAAUGUUCUACCAUCAUACUGAAUUUUCAGGAGGUGAUCAUGAAACACGAUAUAACAGAGCCUACGAGGAAUGGCCGUCAAGUGUUAGGCAGUUCCUUGUUGAAAGAAGACUUGACGAAUGGAAGCUGCAGCUCUUUAUAGUGAUUCUUCUGACUCAGAGGAAAUAACUUUGGACAAGGAAAGCGUAAACAGGUUAGCAAGUGCAAUCACGGAUACUGAAGAUACAAGCGAUGGAAGCGACGAAGAUAACCGAUUUACCAGGCUGGAGAGCACGAAGAAAAGAGAGUCUUCGCCUGAGAAACAUCGAAAAGACAAUGAAGUCGUCCAUGGAAUACCCAUGGGAGAUCCCAAGGAAGAUUCCCAUUCCAUUCAAAGUGAUACACAGCUUACCCGUGAGGUGCCCACUGGUGGAGCAACUACGGCUACUACUAGCCCUCGAGCCCACACCCCAGAGGAGGAAACUGAAUUGUUUUCAACGGAUUACGUUGACAAGUUGGUGGCCUCGUUCUGGACCAAGGUCGAUCAAAAGAUCGAGCAAGCUGUGUCGCAUUAUCAAGCAAGCCCGCAGGCCGGUCAGCAGAGCAACACGCACGACAAUGCGCACUCACAGGAAGCCGAGAGAGAAGACGAAAACAAUGGUGAAAAGUGUUCCCUUACAGAGUACCCUGGUGGUAUUUGUGUCUUCAUCGUUUUUAUAUUCCAGUUUAUAGGCAGGAUUUGCGUCCUUUGCAAAGAGAAAAUAAAGAGCAAGGGAAAGGAGUGGUUCACGAAUGAAAAGCUUAGGACCAUUAUUACCCACCGUCACGCCAACUUUACCGUUGUCAUGGUAUCACUGGUGGACUGUUUCCUGGUGGUCGCUAAUAUUUUUGCAGAUUUUGAUGUGAUUGACGAUAAAGGGAUUGAGUUCGUUUUUACGAGUUUUCUUUACAUCAAUUUGGUCAUCAUGUUCUUGUUUGUCCUCGAGUGUUUUCUAAGAAUAGUUGUUCUUCGAAAAGAUUUGUUCCAGGAGAAGAUGGAGAUAUUUGACGUAGCCUUGGUAUAUUUCUAUUUUCUGGUAGAGUUAAUUUCAAGCAAUGGUUUCAGUGAAAUUAAUAAGCCGUAUCCAAGAUAUUUACAUAUGAUUGUUAUUCUUCGAUGCUGGCGUGUACUGCUUGUUUUGCAACAGCUUGAGCAAGAAAAAGAGGCAGAGAUAAGCGCCAUGGAAAGUCAACCACCGAGAUGACAACAAGGCCUGCAAGCACAAAUUUUCGAGGGUCAUUCCAAUAGAAUGUCACAUCACGACAUUGCGAAAUGCGCUCUCAACGACAAAAUCACCAUUUGCUUUUGCUUUUCCGAAAUCUAGGCAAGUAAAAGAGAAACGAAAUGGCACAUUAACACAGAAAGUGCAGAAGAUAUUAUCGGCUUGUAAAGACAAUGAAACAACUCGCCUAGUUUUCGAUUUUUAGACACUGCUUCAUCAAAUGGGAUACAUUUGAAGGAGACACAAAACAGUAAUUUAUACUCAUAGUAUAGCAAUUUAAUUCGAGACCUUUAUAAAUUAAAGAAGACUAACUUUCCUAGAUUCGCUGUUGUUCCACAAAAACUCUGUCACGAACUGCCGUUGUGAUGCAUGCAUAAUGGGAUCUGGAUGGAAAACGCAUAUAUAUAGUACAUAACUACUCGUGUUAACAUCAUAGUGGUGUGCUACCGGUAUUUUAAAAGCCCCGAAAAGAGUCCCAUUUUUUUCAAAAGGUUCUUAUGUAUAUAAUAUCUAGUCGAGGAAAUGAAGUAGAGAAAUUAGUUCGAGAACUUUCAUAAAACCGGCAUUGCUUACAAUGUAACCUGCGAACAUUUUUUUCUAUUUUGAGUAGUAUAUAUAUCGAUUCGUGAAGUUUAUAUUUUGCAUAAUAUACGAUGUAUACAUGAAGAUGCGAUAAGUUUUCAUUUAAGCUGCAAUAACGAUAACAGUUUGUUUUCUACGCAAAAUAAAUCUCGUUACAUUAUAUAACGAAAUGUGUUGAACUGUACCUGAACCUCUUAGUGACUCUCAGACUUAAUAAAAUCUCUCCAUAGCAGUUGUUUGCAAUCCGUGUCGACAUUCUCCAUCCCAAACUAUCCUUGUUAUUUUACGGUUAAUUAUUAUCUUCUUGGGGUUUUUCUAUCUUAGUAAACUACUAUUUUCAGGUUUCCUUCAAUGCAAAGGUGAUUUUGUACGUGGGGAAGAUACCGUGACUGAAAUCCGUUUUAAAAGUACAAUAAGUAGUUGUCGUCCAAGUCUUUGCGAUCAGCAAGAGUUAAUUAAUGCGACUAGUUGUCAUGGUUCGAUUACAGGAUUCUUUGUCAACGUGCUACACUGAUUAACUCUGGUGGUUGAUAGUGAGUGUCCGAUCCUUUGCCACUUGAAGCUACCUUAAUUUUCAGGUCAGUCUCGCCGGUAAUGCAGAUUCCGCUCACAGAACUGACUCCUCGUGAAACGGACAAACAAGCAAGCUUAAGUGGUCUUGAUGGCUUUUACCUACAAUGGUGGACAAAACUCCUUGGGACACUUAUGUAAUGCAACGAAUUAUCUGUGUUUUACAACUGAAGUUUGAAAAAGCACUGCUAUCCUUUUAAAAACGCGUUUCUGUUACUCCCUCUCCAUUCAAUACAAUGUUAUAAAGCUCAGCAGAAAUCGCAGGUACUACUUUUCAACAUUGUUUGUGGGGUGGGUGGGGGAGAGGCCACGAGGCAGCUGAAGCUGUAUUCGCGUGACUGUUUCUCUCGGGUGUCUGCAAAAGAGCCAAAAGUGCAAAUUGGACUUUUGUCCAUGAUUGUAGUUUAUGCAUGGUUAAGUAAUCAUUUUCAAACUAUUUAAAAAUUUAAUGCCAGGAUCGAGAGGAGUGAAACGACUUGUCGCGAUUUGUUUCAAAGAAGCGUUCUUGGCUAAAUAAAUUCUAAUGGCUAUUUUGAUAUCAAAUUUUCAUUUUCAAACAAUUAAAACUUAAUGCAAGGAAGUGAGAGAUGAUACGAUUUGUUGCACAAUGCUUCAUAACAGUGUUCUUGGCUGAAGAAAUUCUAAUGGCCAUUUGAAUGCCAUGCCCUGCACUCCUUUGAGCUUUCCUUGAGCCCUUGUUUGGGCUUAUAACACCAGCACACAUUGGCUGGUUCUGAUUCGGUUUUCGCCGGUAUAGGCGAGAUUCUUCUGUUUCUUUUUAUGAAUAUAUAUUUUUUUCAAGUUAAGUUCCCCUUGAGAGGCUGUACAAGACAAUUAUUCUCCCAUGUGACACGAAAAUUGACCCCCUUGAGUGUAUAACAAUGGCGCACUGGUCGGUCCUUAUCAGGUUUCCGUUUAAACGAGGUUGGUCUGUCUUGAUGCAAUCGAAGUGAUUUUGUUUUUAAAUCACGUUCACCCUGAAUGGCUGCAUAACUUACUUUUUUUCCUUUGUGACACCAAAGUAGACCACAGGAAAUAUUGAUUGGCCCCGAUUCGGUUUCCUUGCAAACUAGGAGUUAAUUUGUCUAGGUCUUCAUGGAGUUAUUAUUAUUAUUUUUAAUCCCUAAAUGGCUGCAAAAGUCCCUUUUUUUCCUGUGCGACACCAAAAUAAAACUCCUGUACUGUAGUGGCGUACUUUGGAGUGCCUAAAAUUAGUAAUAGUCUUAUUCUAAAACAGAUACUUUAAACGAACAGUGUCAUCUGUUAACAGCAUGCGAUGAUUUCGUUGA